GCCCUCCACUUUUAUUUAUGGCAGGAAUAAAAAAAGAAAAAAACAAAUUCAAAAAAACGCGAGCAGCCGUGUACAAAGUCAAAGUUACGCCACACGCAAUCGAAUUCCAAGGAUCCGGAAUGGCUGACACUCCACCCAGCGACGGCCCCUCGCAAGCCGCCGACUUUGACAUGAUGGGCGCUCUGGACUGGAAGGACGGCAUUGCCACAUUGCCGGGAAGUGACAUCAGGUUCCGCAUGACAGAAUUUGGCACACUUGAGAUUGUGACGGACGCAGACGUUAAAGGUCAGCAGCAGCAGCAGCAGCAGCAGCAUCCGACGCCUAAAAAGGACGCCUCGGACCCGGUGUCGUCUCACAGUCCCACCCCUCCGCCGGAGGGCCAAUCGCAGACUAAAACGGCACCCGAACCGGCCGGUGAUAUUCAGCCGGCAUCGUCUCAAAGAAAAGCCCCUGGCCCUGUUGUUCUGUCUUUGGAGGAGACCCCCACUCUGAAAAGUCCCAAAGUGGAAGUCGGUCCGAGUGUGGAAGUCGGUCCAAACGGGGAGCUCGCUCGGUGCAGAACCUGUAGUGGUCCCGUUGCUCGGGAUGCCCUCCUACAGGGAAAGUUCUGCAGCGCCAACUGUGCCCAGCCCACCAGCGGCAGAUCGUCUCCCGGAGAGGCCCGGGAGUGCCCGGCUCCCGAAAGCGAGACCUUGGGUAAACGUGUGCGUAAAAAGAGGAAAAUCUAUAUGGACUCUGGCGACGAGGAGGAAGACAACCAAGAGGAACCAGAAGAGAAAGCCAAGAGUACCAAAGGCAGGAGAGGAGCCAAGAUGGCCAAACUCGCCACGGCCUCGCUGAGUAAGAAGCGGGCGUGGAGCUGGUCCGCCUACCUGGAGGAGGAGCGGGCGAUCGCCGCCCCAGUCAAACUCUUCAAAGAGCACCAGUCGUUUCCUCAAAGCCGGAACAGCUUCAAGGUGGGGAUGAAGCUGGAGGGGCUCGACCCGUGUCACCCGUCCCUCUUUUGUGUGCUCACCGCGGCAGAGAUCCAAGGCUACCGAGUGAGGCUUCACUUCGACGGCUACCCGGAGUGCUACGACUUCUGGGCCAAUGCCGACUCGUGGGAUUUGAAACCGGCAGGCUGGUGUGAGAAAAAUGGACACAAAUUAUUGCUGCCCAAAGGUUGUAAGGAUGGAGAGUUCAACUGGAGCAUGUACGUGAAGAACUGCAGAGGCCAGCUGGCGCCCAAGCACCUCUUCAAGAGCCUCAACACCUCCGUGACGCCGUCCGGUUUUCGAGCGGGCAUGAAGCUGGAGGCGGUGGACAGGAAGAACCCGUCGCUGAUCUGCGUGGCCACCAUCGCCGCUGUGGUGGACAACAGACUUCUCGUUCACUUUGACAACUGGGACGACACGUACGAUUACUGGUGUGACGCUAGCAGUCCGUACAUCCACCCGGUCGGCUACUGCGAAGAGGCCGAGCUCACGCUGACCACUCCAGCUGGUAAGACACAGACCAAGACACACGUGGAAUAUAAGCAACCAAAAAGUUUCUCCUGGGAGAAAUAUCUGGAAGAGACGAGCACACAGGCCGCGCCCGCCCGGGCUUUCAAACCGAGACCUCUGCACGGCUUCCAGGUGGGGAUGAAGGUGGAAGCCGUGGACAAGAGGAACCACGUGCUCAUCCGCGUCGCCACCGUGACCGACACGGACGACCACCGGCUGAAGAUCCAUUUCGACGGCUGGAAUCCAGACUACGACUUCUGGGUAGAGACCGACUGCCCCGACCUGCACCCCGUAGGCUGGUGUCUCAAAACCGGACACUCUCUGCACCACCCCAACAGCGUCAAUGAUGCGAGCCCUCCAGGACAGGGAUGUCCCACCCCAGGAUGCAACGGGGUCGGCCACAUCAGAGGACCUCGUUACGGCACACACUACACUCAGGUGAGCUGUCCCUACUCGGAGAUGAACCUGAACAAAGACAGCCUGCUCCCAGACCGUCUGACCGGCGAGCGACCCCACACGUCAGGCGGCGUCCAGCCCCGCGGGCGGCGCCCCGACUCCAACGCCACUGCGCAGACCGCCGCGCCGGACCGGCCCGAGGCGGCCGACGACUCCCGCGCCAGGAAACCGGCGGAGGCGGAGGCCGACCUCUCGGCCCGCGGCGGCCAGCCGGAACCGCCGGGGGGGGCCGGCGAGCAGAACCCGAAUGGAACGAGACUCAAACGGGCCGCUCCUGUUCCCAAAUAUCUGAAAAUGCACUGCGUGAAAGAAGAGUCUGCCGACGGGAAAGCCUCCCCGGACUCGCUUUCCCUGCAGCAAGCCCUCCACGAGUCGGUGUUCUCCCCCGGCAUCUCCGCCGCUCCCCCCCACCGGGUGGCGCUGUGCUGGGACAAGCACUGUCAACUGCUGCCCGAGGUGCUGGGCCUGAGCGCCAAGCGGGUGGCGGGAUGGAGCACCGACGAGGUGGCCACUUUUGUCAAGGGACUGCCAGGAUGUAAAGAACACGCGGCCACAUUUAAAACAGAGCAAAUAGACGGCGAAGCCUUCCUGCUGCUCACCCAAUCGGACAUCGUCAAGAUCCUGUCCAUCAAGUUAGGCCCCGCCCUGAAGAUCUACAACUCCAUCCUCAUGUUUAAAAGUGCCGACGAAGAAUAAGCGAAGACCAGCGACGGAAAAGUCGUCAGCUUGAAUAAGUUGCUCUCGUCUUCUCGAUGGACUUCUUUUUACUUGUAUUAUGUUUACUGAAACGUUAAAUAACUGCAGACACCUUCAAAAAUGUUCCUUAAAUAGUUUGUGGGUUGGUCAUCCCCCCCCCCAAAAAAAAGAACUUUUACAGCUUUCAAAGCUGAUUCAUCAAGCUUUGUCGCUUGUUUUUUUUUUUUUAUUAUUAUUAUUUUUUUUUUAUAGAGCGCAACCGAGAGCUGAGAACAGUAUUAGUUAUGUGAUCAAAUUGAAACUUGUUUUUGUGUGUGUGAGGGUUGGGGAACAUUUGUCCCCAUCGGGCGCCACGUCGCUUUUUAUAAAGUCCUCAGAGGGCUGUUUGAAAUUUCUGAACUGAUCCAACAAAUGUUUAUUAUUACUGUAUGUAUAUAUGGAACAUUUAAGGUUGUAUUUGUUGGAAGUGCACAGCGGGUCGGAUGAAACUGACUUGGUUUCCCCCACCCCAGCUUGAACUCGUAAUUUGAGGAAAGUCCUGGUUUAUCAUUUUCAUUGUUUUGAUGGCACGUGAAUGUUUUAAAAAAAAAAGUGUCUUUGCAAAUAUACCCAGCUCCACAAGGAUUCACUCCAGCUUGGUUAUGCAAAGAUUGCAGGCAAAGAUACAAAAUGUCAUUUUGAGGCCGCCAACAUUUUGAAAUGUGUACAUCAGCCAGUGUUUAUACGCAAACAGCUUUUUAUUUAUGUAUUCUAAUUUAAAGGUUGAUGCUACGCUGUCCAGGAGUGCGUGCGUGGGGAAUAAAUGAGACUUCAGACACUAAAUGUCCA